AUGAAAUUAAUCAAUUUAAGUGAAGCAUCAGGUACCUCAACAGAGGUGAGCUUGACAGUGCUUCCAGAAGACAAAGAAGAUUUAUUCAUUUUAUACCAAAUUAUUAAGAACGAUGAUGAAGUUUUCUGUAGAAAAAUGGUAUCCUCUAAAGAAGAUGGAAGAAAAAAAAUUUCUGAAAUCAUGAAAUUGAAGUUACAAAUAAUUUCUAAUGAAUUCGAUAUGCAUAGUGAAUCUUUAAGAUAUAAAGGUAUUACUGUACCUGAUGAAACUGGAAGGGCAAACCAAAAUGUAUCGAUAGGAAAAUAUUUCAGUUUCAAUGUCGUCUAUCAACAGUCAUUAACAAUCAUCAAAGAUGAUUUUAAUAGCUAUGAAAGAAAACUUGUUGAAGAGGCAUGUAAUGUCGAAGGUAAAGCAGAUACUGCUGCUGUGGUUUUACAAGAAGGUGUAUCACAUGUUUGUCUUUUAACUGAAUCAUCAACUAUAUUGAAACAAAAAAUUGAAUAUUCUCUACCAAAGAAGAAAAGAGAUACUGAUACCAUGAAGUUUGAUGAAAAGACAGAAAAAUUUUACAAAGCUACUUACGAAGCCAUGAAAAAGAAUUUUGACUUUAAUAAAUUAAAUUUAGUUAUUCUAUGUUCGCCUGCAUUUUAUGCCAAGACAUUGCUAGAAAAGGUCAUUAAGUAUGCAGCAGAAGAUGAUUAUACCCCAAUAGUAGAAAAUCAAAAUAUAUUUUUAGUAGCUCAUAGUUCAACUGGUUAUCUACAAGGUAUAUCAGAAGUAUUAAAAAAUCCAAAUUAUUCAUCCAAAUUAAGUGACACAAAGUAUUCAAAACAAGCAAUGAUAAUGGAUGAGUUCUUAUUGCAUCUGAACGACGAUGACAUGAAGGCGUGGUACGGAGAGAAAGAAGUUUUGAAAGCCUCCGAACUGGGUGCUGUUGAUGUUUUAUUAAUAACGGAUUCAUUAUUACGUUCUGAUGAUGUUAGUAAGCGUAUGCUAUAUAUAAAGUUAAUUGAAGAUAUAGAAGAUGCAGGAGGUUCAGUUCAAGUAGUUAGUGUCUUCCACUCCACUGGUGAGGAAUUAGCUCAAUUGACAGGUGUCGCUUGUAUUCUGAGAUAUCCUAUUAGUGAUCUAGAUGAGGGUUUAUAUGAUGAUGAACAAGAAGAAGAAGAAGAUUAG